AUGCCUAAGUAUCAGCCUCCUCGGCACAAGCGAACUCACGAUCCGUGUGUGUUCGGUCACAUUCCCGACGUUCCAGUGGGCACGGCCUUCCGCUCAAGACAGGAGUGCAAUGACUUUAGCGUGCACGCCGGGAUACUGCAAGGGAUCCAUGGCCGCAAGGACGAAGGUGCAUUUAGCAUCGUCAUGUCUGGAGGUUAUGAAGACGACGAAGAUACGGGAUAUUCGUUCACAUAUACUGGAUGCGGAGGACGGGACCUCGGUGCUGAGAAUAAGGCUCGUGAAGGUCCGCAAGCUUACGAUCAAUCGUUUGAGAACAAUCCGAAGAACAUGUCGCUGAAGGUGUCUUCAAUGACGAGAAAGCCGGUGCGUGUUGUGAGGGGAUUCCAACUUCAUUCUGAUUUUGCGCCUGCGGAAGGGUAUCGGUACGAUGGCCUCUACGUCGUUGAAGCCGCUUGGCGGGAAAUGGGAAAGGCUGGCCACCUAGUUUGCAAAUAUCGCUUCCGUCGCCUUGACGGCCAGCCGACUAUUCCUAGAAAGGAGGGGACUCUUCAUCUCAAUUUACCGAAGAGACGUGUUACAGCUUCCGCGAGAGAAGCACUGCCCGUCUUUAAGGACGAGAGGCCCGUCAUUGAAAAGAAGACACUUACCGAGAGGAAGCCUCUCCCCUUUCAACGAAAGCUUAUUAUUAUUGGGCCGUCAACCGUCGAAAGACUCGGCCAACCACUUGGUGCGAAGCCUUCCACGAUCAAACGAAGGCUAAUUACUACCAAGCCCUCCUCUAUUGGACAAAAACCAUUAAUGGUCAAAAAGUCGCCGAAUGCCACUGCAGGUAGCUCUAAGAGCAACACCUCCGCUGCAGGUAGCUCUAAGGGCAAUCCCUCUGGCAUUGGUGAUUGUUCCCCGUCGACAUCCGCUCCUGAUUUCGCCCCUCCAGCUUGGCGCUCAUUAAAAUUCAAGAAGCUUCCGAGACCUGAAGACGAGCCUCCUCUACAUGAUCGCUCUUCAGUUGUUCCACAUCGUCCCGAAGCCGGUGAUAUUAAACCUUUAAUGAGGCUGGGAUAUUCUUCCGAGGCCGCUACCCCCGGUACCAAUCUUCUGCUUGUACCACGCGAAAUUCCGCGAUCGCACCGGGGGAACGCACAGCUGGGAGAUCCUACAAGGCAAGGUGCAUCGUCAGUGGUAGAGGGAAAGAGGCCUUCGGGGGUAAUUGAGCCGGUAGUGGUGCAGCGCCCCCAAGAGACGUCUCUUGGUUCCUCCAGCGCGGUCCCUGAUGAUGACGCUAUGGAGGUUGACGAUCCUGCUGACUUCCCCUCGAUAGAUGCGACGGAGUUGAUGUGGCCCGAGGAAUCAUAA